GACUGCAUGCGCAGAGAAUAGGCGGAGACACACAGGGAAGGACUACAGCAAACACCGCCACACAUCUUUCAUUCUAACUCACUGGAUAUUAGAUAUUUACUCUCAUGUGGUUUCAAAGGACGCGCUGGCGAAAACGCCAGCCUCGCUAACUGGGCUAAUGUGACUUUUGAUACGCGCGUGUGGUUUCUAUCCUGCGGUUGAUGGCGCAGAGAAAGAUAAUGGGUGAAACAACGCAGCCCAACCCUGUUUUCAUGUAUGCGUUUGGAAGAAACCAAAUAUUUUCUUAUGAAGAUGAAAUCAGCAUCGUCCGAAUGUUGGUUUCCUAUGGAGUUCCGUGCGGAAAGCACGAAUCGAUGAAGCGAGUGAUAGGAGCAGCAUGCUCCCUUGGUGAUUGAUCACUGCGCUCAAUGAGAACAAGGAGGAGCGCAUCUGCGAUACGAUGGCUGAGGAGAAUAACCUGAAGACAGCCAAAUUAUGGAGGGAUGCUGCUCUGCGCUCCAGGAAGUUGCGGAGCAAUCUACAGCUAAAUCUCAGCGCCAAAAACAGCCAGAAAAUUACAUUACCCGAGGACAUAAAAGAGAUCGAGGUCCUCAAUCUGGGUAAUAACUCCCUGCAAGAGCUUCCAGAGGGACUGGGCUCAACCUUGACAAAGCUUCGCAUUCUUGUUCUUCGCAGAAACAAGUUUGCCACUGUACCUUCUGCAGUUUUUCAACUUAGUCAAUUGGUAGAGUUAGAUAUUAGUCACAACUGGCUGAGCCACUUUUCAGAAGACAUUGAUCUUUUGAAGGGGCUUAAGAAGCUGUGCAUCAGUCAUAACAAAAUCCAAUUCCUUCCAUCUCAGAUUGGGACUUUGCAGUUUCUUGAGGAACUGGACAUCAGCUUCAAUGAGUUGCAUGAUUUUCCCAGGUCAUUCUCCCAGCUCAGGAAGCUCAGAACACUUGAUGUGGAUCACAACAAGCUACAGCGUUUCCCCUCUGAAAUUCUUGCCCUCAGUGACCUGGAGGAGCUCGACUGCUCUGGGAAUAAACUAGAGGGUCUUCCUGGCAAUGUCAUGAUGCUCCAAUCCGUUAAAAUCAUGUGGCUGAGCAGCACCCAUAUCUCCUCCUUGCCUGAAACGUUCUGCGAGCUGCAGAAUUUGGAGAGCCUGAUGCUCGAUAAUAAUUUUCUCACAAGCCUGCCGCAAUCAUUUGGAAAACUGCAAAAGCUGAAAAUGUUGAAUCUCUCAUCCAACUCCUUUGAAGAUUUCCCUCAGGUUAUUAUCAAAAUCGCUAGUUUGGAGGAGUUGUACUUAAGCCGAAAUAAACUGACCUUCCUCCCUGAGGAGGUAGGACAGCUCUGUAAUCUUGCUAAUUUGUGGUUGGACAAUAAUAGAAUAACGUUUCUCCCAGACUCUAUUGUAGAGCUGGGGAAAUUAGAGGAGCUAGUGUUACAGGGUAACCAAAUUGCCAUACUCCCCGACAAUUUUGGAAAACUUGCCAAAGUUAACAUUUGGAAGGUGAAGGAUAAUCCUCUCAUUCAGCCUCCAUAUGAAGUGUGCAUGAAAGGGAUCCCCUACAUAGCCGCCUAUCAGAAGGAGCUUGCACACUCCAAGACUGCUGUAAAACCCAGACUCAAACUUGUUAUGAUGGGCCAGAAAAGUGCAGGGAAAACCACACUCAGGCAGUGCAUCGUAAGUAAACCAUCAGAUGCCAAGAUGGCGAUUGGAGGUAGGGGUAUUGAUGUUACAAACUGGGUAGCGGAUGCUGAUCGUAGUCUUACAUUCAUUGUGUAUGAUUUAUCAGGUAAGCAGAACUACGAUCUUAUCAAACCCUUUUUCCUCUCCCCUGGAGCUCUUUAUGUUUUAGUGGUUAAUCUGAAAUCAUAUACAUCAAAGAGCUUUUACUCUCAUGUUGGGUGUUUCCUCCACCUGCUCAGUGCCAAGGUGCCACAUGCUGUUGUGUGCAUUGUGGGGACCCACUCUGACCUGUGUAAGGAGUUCGAGAUUGAAGAAAUGUGCCUGGAUAUUCACAGACAGAUUUCACUCCAGGAAAAGAUGGACACUGAGUGCUUGCGUGUGCUUGACUUGCAGUUAGAAAAAACCCUUGAGCAGGGUUAUGAUGUCCGAACUUGUAGCCCCCAUGUGCUCUUUUAUGGGGUCUCGGAUAAAAAUUUGAGACGUAAGAAGUCCCAGUUGCAAUAUAUGCUGAACAAUAGAUUACAAAUCCUUUCUCCAGUGAUUUGUGUCAGCUGUGUGCCAGCACAAAGGAACAUCCAGCGCUUGAAAGAGAAGCUCAUGUUGGUUGCUGAUCACAAGGAGAUUUUCCCCAACCUUCACAGAGUGCUACCCAAAUCAUGGCAGAUGCUUGAGGAGCUGCAUUUUAAGCCACAGGAUUUAUGGCUUUCCUGGUGGGAUUCGGCCCGAUUGGGCUUGCAGGCAGGGCUGACAGAGGACCGCCUGCAAAGUGCUCUCUCCUACCUACAUGAGAGCGGUAAACUUUUGUACUUUGAAGACAGUUUGACACUGAAGGAAUAUGUCUUCCACAAUCUGCCACGGUUUAUCGCCAUCUUGAAUGUCUUUUUUCAGAGGGACCUCACGACAAUGCUUGAGAAACUUGAAGCUGAAGGAGAUGAUGAAGAGAAUGCCAGAUCCACACAGAUGCACAGUCAUGUGAAAGGUUUUCUAUCACACGGCCUGCUGCCAUCAAAUGUCAUUCGUUUGCUGCUUAAACCCUUAGUACAGACACAGCAGGACUUGCAUCUGAUCAUGAAACUGCUGGAAAAGAUGGGGGUCUGCUACUGUGUCAACAAACCUUGCAGUAAGUCACUUAAUGGAGCCACCGUCUGGUAUAAGUUCCCCAGUCAGGUUAGCAGUGAGGAGCCCCAUACUGAGGGCUUGGACAGUGGGGGUUCGUCCAUACCUGGUCAGUUCUUCUCAGUCGAACAGCUGCAGAUUGAAUACAGGUUUCCUUUUUUAACCCCUCUUGGACUUUUUGCUCGAUAUAGUGUGCAAAUCAACAGCCACGUGGUGCAGCGAUCCGACGGAAAGCAUCACAUCUUUGCGUAUCGGGGUAAAGUGCCUGUGAUGGUGAGUUACCGGCCCUCUCAGAACAGAUUGCAGGCUGAGACCCUCUCCAUUUCCAGCCAUGCAUCCUUGCCAAAUAUCUGGACAGCUUGGCAAGCCAUUAUUCCUCUAGUGGAAGAGUUAAACGUUCUUCUGCAGGAAUGGCCUGGCCUUCACUACUCUGUGCAUGUCCUGUGUUCCAAGUGCCUGAAGAGAGGGUCCCCAAACCCACAUUCCUUUCCAGGUGAACUGUUAAGCCAGCCCCGACCUGAGGGGCUGACUGAGAUCAUUUGCCCCAAAAACGGCAUGGAGCGGGUCAACGUGGCACUAGUUUACCCCCCAACCCCAACUGUGGUCAGCCCCAGUCAUAAAUGACACUUACUAUUCUGCACUUAACUGCCUGUGAAUGGCCUACACAAACAGAUGCACCUCUUUUCCCUAUAUCUUAUAUGCACACGUGUACAUACACAAGAGUGUGUGUUUGUGUUUGCAAACAUAUACACUUGUUUUGACACAUGCGUGUGCCCCACUUACCUGUUGCCUCUGCCCUUCUUCCCUCAUCUGAGGAUGAUGAUGGACCACUUAAUGGAUGAUUGUCAUAGGGAGACCAUGAUACUUACAUGUUAAUCAGCUCUGACUGCCAACACAUGAUAAACUGAAAAUAUUGGAAACAUGUUGCAGUGACGACCUGUUUCGUUUAUGUACACCAGUUGUUCCUUGGGCCCUCUGAAAAGUCUUUAAAUCACUUUGAGCCUCAACUCCACUGGCUCUCCUCGAUGGUCUGAAACUUUCAGCUCAAUUUAAGAUAAACUGCUCCUAAGCAAGUUCUUGGAAAUCACCAAUUGUACCCAGAGGCAUCUCUUAGACUGAAACUACAUCUUGUCUGUGCUGUUGUGGGUGAAUCUGUGGAAAGACUUGAGUAUACUUUGAUUAGAGAGGUGAAAAGUUGGACUUAUGCUUGAAGUGUUCUCUGAUGUCAAAUGCAUGCCUUUGAAAUGUAGAGAAAUAAAAAUACAUUUAAAAUGGAGAAAUGCAUUAGUGGAGGCCUCUUAAUAGUCAAGUUGUAUCCAACUUGCAAGUACAGAAAUAUUGUCUGUUUGAGCAUAAACCUCUGUGAUCUCUAGUAAUUAUAUGCUCUCAGACAGAAAUGUUUUUUUUUGGGUGGUGAUGAGAACACAUUUAAAAUUAUUUUAAUGGCAGCCAAAGACAAAAAUGUUUCCCUGAACCAUUCUCUUAUGCUUUCUUUCUUUUUACUUUCACCCAUAUAUUCAUUAGCAUGGCUAUUUUUUAUGAUGGUAAGGUGAUGUAUUGUUCCUUGCCUUUGGAUACAUAUGAACAGGAAUAGUGAUGUACAAUAAUUCAGCCAAGGAUGUCUUCUCUUUCUUGAAGAAAAUUGUGUAUGCAUAUUUGAACUGUAAGCUUAGUUGAUACAUACUGUAUGUAAUUUCACAAAACAUGAUCUUAAAAAGCAGUAUCCGAAGCAUAUUGUACACAUUUAUCAAACUGAAAAAAGCACAUUAACAAGGACAAAGAAGUAAAACUUUUUUAUAGAGUUGAUUAUUAAGGACUAUUGUGUAUCAUUUCAAUAUUUCUCUUUUGGGGAGGAGAGAUUCUGCAAUAUGUGAUGUUUUGUGAGUAGUUAACAAACUUUUGUACAUAUUUUAUUUUUGUAAGCUAAUAAGCUGUCACCAAUAUCCCACAUUAUUUACUGUGCAUUGUGCAUGGCUACUGUGCUCAAUGUAAAAGCCACAAACUGAGUUGUAAGUUAUAAAGCUGUUACUCUUUCUUAUAGUAGGACCUUAAAAGCACCAAAUAUAAAGGCUGGUUUCCACA